GAUGACACUUUAAUUUAGCAAAGCCACUAUCCGAACGGUGUUGUGUUUUGGUUGCUUUCUUUAGGUUUAAAAUCAAAUUUGGUUCCUUCCAGUUCAGCAUCUUGCAUCAGGAAAAGAAAAUGUCUGAAGAGUGGUGCUGCCAGCAGUUAAUGAAUUUACGAAUUAAAGACCGACGACUGGACACUUUAACUGAAAUACGAAAUUGUUUGACAAAUCUACCGGCCGACGAAAAAGUCUUCGUUUCGUCGAAUUUUCUUACUUUACCGCAACUAUUCGAUUGUGUGGAAGGUAAUCAGGAAAGUAAUGAACAGUCCAAUCUCGCUUGUGACAUCCUCUCCUUGUGUAUGUCAAAUCUGGAUCUGGCCGACACUACGAACAAUUGCGAUUACAUAGAGCGCAGUCUGGAGCACAGAAAUGACAGUGUCAAAGUGCUUGGCAUGAACGAGAUCGAUCGUAUUAGCAGACAGUUUCCCAAUCAACAGUUCAGUCAGAAUGUUAUCAUUGCUGUGCUGAAGUGCUUGGAAAAUCCACAGGAAAGAGUCGGCAUUCUAGCGGUCAAAAUGCUGCCAACGAUUCUGCCAAAGAUACUAACGGACUCUAGCGUUCAUAUCAAUAUGAACCGGUUGCUUGCUGGCUCUGAUUUGAUACGAUGCCGCGUGUACGAUGUGUCUGUAGCCAUUGCCAAAGUGAGCCAAGGUUAUCUGGAAUCACUUGCCUAUGUCAUUGACCGACUGUGUACCGAUCUGGACACCACUGACAUGUUACUGGAGCUGAAUAUUUUGGAAUUUCUGUCGGACUUGGCGCAAACCGACCAUGGAUGGUUGUACUUGGAGAAUAAGGGAAUUGUGAAGAAAAUCGCCGAGAAGUUGGACGGCUUGGAGGCGAAUCCGUUGCGGAACAUACUAUUUCCCGGCUACAUGAAAUUCUUCGGAAAUAUUGCUCUGAAGCAGCCAACGAAAAUCAUUCAAGGAUUUCCCAUGUUCAUAAACGCUGCGAUGGAUCUUCUGUGCGAGUGUAUGGUUUCAGACGCUGACGGGACGAGCUUACCUGUUGUUUUCGAUACUUUGGCACAACUCGGUUCGAGCGAUCAAGGGAAAAUACUUCUCGAAGACCAAUUCUCCGUCAAAGUCGCUAAAACCCUCAACGAAAUCGGUAAAUCCAUUCACAAUCUGCCGACAAGGUUACAAAUACGUGCGCUCAACUGUUUGGAGAUCUUACUCCAAUGUGAUUCUCAGAACAAUCGUGUGAACUCAAUAACAUGUAAAUGGUUCAGUUCACUAACUGGCCCGGAUGGAAUGGCCUUCUUGUUGAAUUUCUGCCGCAAUCCGUUUCCCGACAUCAAACUGGCCGCACUGACUUUGCUCAAAGUUGUCGUCACACCUACGUGGGGUCAGAAAGCCUUACAAGCAACGGCUGGUUUCGUUGAAUUCUUGAUGGACCGGAAUAUUGAAUUCAACAAAGAUGCUGUCCACGAAAAGUAUCGGAUUAUUGAGAUGCUGUCACGAUCGGCUACGGUAUUCGAUCCGGUUACGUUGGGCCAACUGAAGAAAUACGUACAACAGGGAGCAUUUUAUGUGGAGGGUGUUAUGGAUGUUGUAACUGAGGGCGGAUCAUAAUUGAAUAUUCGGAUACCGGCAAUUGAGAUUAAGAAUUGGAAAUACAGGCACGUUCACGAAAC